UUCAAUCCCUAGUUAUCUUCGUAUCUAAGGUGACCUUGUCAUAUUCAUGUUAAAUGUUAUGGAUCUGUAGCUGUGAUAGAACCGAGCCUAGUGUCAUGGGUAACCCUGAUCAUAAUUGUGUCAAGGUGUUUGACCACUUUGCUUUUUAUAAUUGACACCAUUUCUGCAAAAUCUCUUGAUCUGCUGGUGUUGCAUAUCUACGUUCUUUGUAUAUCCCCUAUACUAUUUCCUGCCUAACCGAACAAUGCAAGGGAUUAUGGAUAUAAGGGGAUUAAACCCCCAUAUGGAUUGGGUGAUACCAUAGGGAUCCACCCAAUCCCUGUCUGGAUUAGAUCCCCUUGGGGAUUAUACCCCUGCCAGCCGAACAAGCGACCGGAUCCUGACGGUGACGGGUGAAUCCGGAUACACACGUCCGUGAUGCAACUGAUUUGCGCGCUAGAACGUGCCGUGCCUUUCCCCGCCUGCUGACGAGCAAUAAAAGAACAGCAGAAGAAAAAAAUGCUGGUUCUGCUUCCUCCCGCCUCUUCCAUCCGUGCCCUCGCCUUCCACCGCCGCCUCCGAGUCCCCCUCCUCGCCCCGCCGCGGACUCUUCCUCGCCUCGGCGCGGCCCCCGCGCGCUCCAUUAUGGCCUUUUCCGCCGAGCCGGCAUCGGGGGAAGAGAAGGCGGAAGCGGAGGAGGAAUCCCUCCACACGACCGCCGCGGCCGGCGCCGGCGCCGGUGACGGUGACGGUGACGGGAGCGAGGUGAGCCACGAGGAGUGGCGGCGCUGGGGAACCUCCUCGCCGCUUCCAGCCGCGGUGGCCGCCGUUGUCCGCGAGCUGCUCGAGAUGGAGGCCGCCGCCGGAGAGAAGAUGCGCUUCGGGGGCGUCGGCUCCAAGCUAAAGGGUGAUUUCAAGGACAUGGAGGACAAGAAGCACAGGGCUGUCUACGAGACGCUUGGCGACUCCGAUCAGAAGCUGCAGUAUUUCUCGGCGCGGCAGAUUGGUUGCCGUUUGCUUGGGAGCAGAGGGUAUCUGUGCCAUAAGUGCUGGUUACCAACUGAAGACUGUAUGUGCGCAAAUAUUGUUCCCUGCAAUCUUUGGAGGGGGAUGAAAUUCUGGUUGUACAUGCACCCAAAGGACUUUUUGCGCCAAAAUAACACCGGAAAGUUACUCUGGCAAGUAUUUGGCAUCCAAGCUGCACAGCUAUGCCUCUUUGGUAUCCAGGAGCAUGAAGAUAUAAUGUGGGAUGCAUUUCAUCGUUCAGAAUGCAUCUAUAUCUGUACUGGUCACUACAAAUGCAAUGCUAGUGGUCUUCAUAUACUUUUUUAUGAUCUACAGAAGAUUACUGCAUCAAUCAAGCAUUUAGUAUGCCCAUAUGGAAAGGGGAAGAUCUCGUUUCUAUAUCCAAACAAGAGUAUCAUUCCCAAGUCAGUCAAAGACCUCAAAUUUGAUGGUUCGUCCUUGACUUCUGACCUUCAUGAGAUGAGUUCAUCGGAUGAACCUUUCAACUUCGUUUUGCUUGAUGGUACCUGGAGUAAUUCUGCAGCACUGUACAGAAGGUUGAAGGAGAGAUGGACUGCAAAAUGGGGAGAUGAAGAUAUUCCUUGUAUCUCACUAUCUACGCUUAGUGCCUCAGUGAUGCAUAAACUGCGACCGCAGCCAGCAUGGGACCGUACCUGCACUGCGGCAGCUGCAGCUGGACUCCUCUGGGAGUUGAACUUGCUGCCUGAGCUCAGCACAUAUGAAUUUGAAAAGCAAGCUGAGGCUGUGGAGUGCUCGCUAGAUAUCUUGCUGGAUGCUCUCACCACCCGACGGGUUCGGCUGGGCCGAUCGAUAACCCGAAAACAGAGACAUAAUAGGAACAUUUAGGGAAAGAAGCUCACAGUAGCAGAGGAAGCAAUAUACCUUGAAAUAGAAGGCUGAGGGAGCGUUUGGUUUUAUGCCCAUGCCCUCCCAACCAACUUUUGGUACCUUUUUGAAAACGUGGCAGCAAUAUAUUAAUUUAACAAGUCGUUACAGAGGAUAGCCCGGGGCCCGGAUAGGUUCCGGAGCAUCAUAACACCA